AUGAACACUUCCGGCUUCUGUUGUUUACCGAAGAUCAAACAUCGCGAACUGCUGUUUGUUUGACAUUAGCAGUGUGUUUAUAAAGCGCACAGCCGCCCUGUCAGGUGAAUAAUCCGCACAGGGACUCCGGGGUUUAUGGUUCGUGUGGCGGUGAUGAGAGGAAAGUGCGCGCGCGGCUUCCGGUGUGCUGAUUAAUCAAACAGGAAGAAGCAGUAAAUAAUAAUGAAGGGGAGAAAAAGUCGAGCAAAACGCUCACACACGCACAGUGCGGAGACACCGAGGAGCACACAGACAGGUAGACUGAACACAGAGCUCUGUCGGUUGUGUCACGGGCAGUUCUCACCAAGGAAGCUGCGGCGGGCGUUUGGGAUGCGGCCAGACCUGGUCACAUGGCCUUCAUCGCCUGAACACACAGAGUCUGAACACUCAACACCGCACUUCUGUUCAGACUUCCAACAGCUGCUGGGCGUGUCUGUGCGGCACGACUCAACACUCUCGCCAUACAUCUGCUCCGACUGCCACGCCCAGUUCUACCAGUGUCACAGCAUCCUGCAGGCCUUCAGACACCGGGUCAAUUCAACACAAUCACUCAACACCAGCACUGAGGGGUUCAGUUCAACUUGGACGUCAUUCACAGAAGAACCAGAUCGAUCAUCUCCGCCCAUCACCUCUGACCCUCACAGUUUGCAGUGCCUGGUGUCGUGGACUCAUGAGCAUGCAGGGAGCUGUAGUUUCCCUCCUGGCCUGCAGGAGGUGCUGGAGGAGCGGUGUGGAGGUGCAGUCAGGGUGGUGUGGAGGUGCAGGGAGGGACACUCCUACACCAUGGACACCAGCGUAGGGGAGAGACAUGGGGACAACACACACUCACACAACCACCAACCAAUCGCAAGCAGAGAUGAAAACUCCGCCCACACCAAAAUGGAGCAGACACAGAGCUCCGCCCACAGUCAGUUACACACCGAAGAGCUGGACGGUGCUGAGUGUAGGGAUGCGAUCCCAUCACCUGCUCAGCGCUUAGAGGACAGCGACCUGUCAGACAGGAAUUUCUCCAGUGAGGAGGAGGAGACGAGGAAGAGCAGCUCAGAGGACGGUGCACACCCUACAGCUGACAAACAAGUGAGCUCUAAGAAGACGAGUAAAGAAGUGAAGAACCUGCAGCCUAAAGCAAGGAAGAAGCCUGGACCCAAACCUGGGUGGAAGAAAAAGAUCAAAUCAGAACGAGAGGAGCUGCCCACCAUCUAUAAAUGUCCUCAUCAGGGCUGUACGGCGGUGUACAGAGGAGUGGACGGCAUGAAGAAACAUGUGAAGGAGCACCAUGAGGAGGUGAGGGAACGGCCCUGUCCUCAUCCAGGCUGCAACAAAGUGUUUAUGAUCGACCGCUACCUGCAGAGACAUGUCAAACUCAUACACACAGAGGUAAGGAAUUAUAUCUGUGAUCAGUGUGGUCGGACGUUUAAACAGAGGAAACAUCUCUCUGUGCACCAGAUGAGACACUCAGGAGCAAAACCACUGCAGUGUGAAGUGUGUGGGUUCCAGUGUCGUCAGAGAGCAUCUCUGAAGUAUCACAUGACCAAGCACAAGGCAGAGGCGGAGCUAGAAUUUGCGUGCAGCGUGUGCGAGCGCCGCUUUGAGAAAGCACACAAUCUGAAUGUCCACAUGAGCAUGGUGCACCCCCUGUUACAGGAACACAACACACACACGGCGGACAUGAGCUGAGAGCUGUACAGCCCACACGGUUAUACAGUGUUUAACACACAGUGACACUCGAAUUACUCUGGCUGUGUUACAAUCAAGAGUCCCUAAGUAGGGAGCAUGCUGUGUGUGUGGGGUGGGGUUCAUCUAAAAGGUUCUCAUUUAGGACAUGGGGAAAGGAGCAUCACACAUCAGAUAAUUCGGGUACAAAGCAACAUGGCAGACUGAGCAGUCACUCCGAUGUGCCCUACAGCCGAAAGUGACCACUAAGCACUUAAGUGCACUUUAAUGUGUCACUGUGUUUUAUUGCAUAUCACUUUUCACCUGUACAGAACAGUCAAGUUUGUUUACGUCCCAUGGUGUGCCGAGUGGACUUCCAACAAUUCCUUUGCGUGCCCAUGUCAAUCACAUCUCUCCAUAAUCGCCCACAAUCCUCCUGCAGUGAAUUCAUCAAACAGGAGAAGUCCUGCAGGUCAAAGGUCGUCAGACGUCAUCAGAGCUGAGAGCGCAGCUGCCACCUCCGGGUCGAGCUCCAUACACUCCGCCUCCAUCUGAGAGAGAGAGAGAGAGAGAGAGAGUCAGCCCAUUUUCAACACACACAGGCUUCCAAUAACUAGAGGCCCAAAGAGUGUGUGUCAGACUGUUCUCACUUCCAAGUGAUAAUGUAGUUGACAAAUCAGCGAGCAGGCUAGCUAGCUGGGCUAAUAAUAUCCUCAAGUAUUCUUCACAAACCCUUACACACCACUAUAUAUUUUAUUACACAGUAUAUCUUAAACACAGUGAGUCGUAUUAUUUAGGUAAUUAAUAAUGUACAGGGGUGCUUGAAAGUUUGUGAACCCUUUAGAAUUUUCUAUAUU